CUGAAAAGUAAACAAGAUACUGGUUGGUUUACCUGAGAAAGGUGUGCCAGUAUUAAUGUUCCGGAUCAGCCACACCUCCAGCCUUUCAGACUCAUGCCUUCACACGCCGGACUGCAGCUUUUUACCUGCAACGACAAUAAAAACUGAAACCUGAAUGGAAAGACAGAGAAAAAGAAGGAGGACGACAGGAACUGAAGAGUUUUUAUAAAAGAGGGUGAAUAUGGAUCUAGAUCACGGAGCCACAGAGCUGAACUCCUCCUGGAGGACACUUAGAAACCCCCACAGAGAGGAGCCAGCUCACAGCUCAGACCAGCAGCUCCAGGACCCGGGGCUGGACCCGGUGGUGGUCUGGGUUCCCAGUGGGAAGCGUCUGAUCUCGGGGCUGCUGGGUCUGAACGUGGUGCUGCUGGGGGCGGCCCUGGUGGCGGGUCAGGUCUUCAACCCGGCAGAGCUGAAGCACCAGGAGCCCCAGCUGUUCAUGCUGCUGCUGAUGGGGGUCAGCCUGGUCUGGAUGCUCUGGUACCUGCUGUGGGCCAGGAGGCAGCCCGGGAUCUGCCCCCAUAAAGACCACCACGCUGGGGGGCUCACCGUCACCGUGGUCCUCAUGCUGUUUGCAGCCUUCAGCCUGCUGCUGUACGUCUUCAGCGCCGGUUAUCUGAUCAGCAUGAGGGAGUGUAAACCUGCAGCCACCGUCGUCUCUCCCUUCAUCGAGGCUCCUUUUCUCGCUCUGCAGACAUAUUUACUGUGGGCUCACUCCAAAGACUGCAUCCACAGACACAAGAUCAUCACCAGGUCAGGUCUGAUGGUGAUCCUCUCAGCCGACCUGCUGCUGUGGCUCAACGCGGUGACGGAGGACACCAUCCACGAGGAGAUCGAGUUAGAGAGAAGGGACAGACUGGACUUCAGCAACUUAAACUCAACUGCAGCAGGAGGCUUGGACUUAGAAGGCGUGUCCAACUCCAGCCUGUGUCAGUGCAGUGCGAGCGCCGCCUGUCUGACCUUCAGGAAAGGCUAUGAGAUCCUGUUCCCGUUCCACCUGGAGUACUACCUGAUGGCCGGCUGCAUGGUCUACGUGAUGUGGAAGAACGUGGGCCGCGGGAUGAGUCCGGGCCACCACCACGUCAGUCAGAAGCUGACCCUCAACGUGGUGUACCAGGGCGGGAUCUUCUUCGGCCUGGUGCUGGGCGCCCUGGUGCUGGUGGCUGGCGUGGUGGUCUUCAUCCUGUACCAGGUCUGGGUGAGCCAGCAGCAGCUCCGCCUCACUGCCUUCCACAUAUUCUACGGCUACCACCUGGCCGUCAUGCCUGUCAUGUCCCUGUGCUCGCUGGCCGGGCUGCUGGUCCACCGGCUGGAGCGGAGGGCAAGCGAGGAGGGCCACAACCCGACCCGCAGCCUGGACGUGCUGCUGCUGGUGGCGGCUGCUCUGGGCCAGCUCGCCCUCUCCUACUUCUCCCUGGUGGCGGCCCUGGCUGUGGGGACCCGUGGCACUCUGGGGGACCUGGACCUGUCCUACUCCCUGCUCAGCCUGCUGGAGCUCAUCCUGCAGAACAUCUUCAUCAUCGAGGGCCUCCACCGGCACCCCAGCCUGCUCGCCAAGAAGAAGCAGCGCAGCAGCAUCUUCAAGUCAAAGAAAAAGAUUGCUGCACCCAUAGAAGAGGAGAAGAAGAGAGAUAUUUCUCUGCUGCAGGGGGAUCGGCCCGCUGCUGCCCAGGAGCAUGAUGGGAAACAGCCUUGGACCAAAAGAGCCAUACAGGAGAUCUGCUGCUUCCUCAUCCUGUCCAACAUCAUGCUGUGGGUCAUCCCGGCGUUCGGAGUCCACCCCCAGUUUGAGAACGGCCUGGGGAAGCAGUUCUUCGGCUUCUCCGUCUGGUUCGUUCUGGUGAACUUGGGUCAGCCGCUCGGUGUUUUCUACAGGAUGCACUCAGUGGGAGCGCUGAUGGAGCUGCUGCUCUCUGCCUGACCGUCAGGACUCAGAAACUAGAAAUUAUUAAUAAUAUAUUGGUUGGAAAACAACAUGAGCCCUGAAAAAAGAAAAUAUAGUGAUCCUUAUUUCUGAUCUAAACAGUUUUCUCUCCUCUUUAUUCCUGAAGGGGAAAUAAAGUUCUGUUAUAUUCUAGA